AUGGACGGAAUUAGUGACACUGCCUCUAUCAUCGCUGUCGCUAAGCUAGCUGCUUCAAUCAUUAAAUACAUGAAGGCAGUCGUCGAUGCGCCAGUUCAAAAGCGAAGACUACUCAUUGCGAUUAUUCAGACGCGAGGCUUACUAUUGACCCUACACGAACUCACGAAUGAAGUCGAAGAUGAAGAUUGGUCAUCCACAAUCCAGAGCUUGUCUUCACAUGAUGGGCCACUGUCCACGUUUUGGCAGCUGCUUGAGGACCUGGCGAGAAAACUCGGUAUCACACGUUCCGGUUCUCAAAUAUCAAUUGCUCUUCAUCGACUGCGGUGGCCAUUCGAUCAAGCCGGCCUCCAAGAAAUGAUUGCAUCGCUUGAAAAGCUCAAAUCAAAUUUUCUCUUGGCUUUGGCAAAUGACCACAUUCGGCUUUCCAUGGAAAUUCGAAAUGAAGUUCGCAAUGUUCAAACCCAGUUGACUGAGGCUACUAUCAAUAGUCGGAGACAAAUGAUCAGGUCUCUUUCUAGGGAACAAGUGCUUAUUGUGAAGUCUUUGUCCUUGACAAGCCUCUCUCACGAGCUGGAUGGAGAAAAAGUGAUGGAAUUGAGAGCCAGCACUGAGUGGUUUUUAUCACACGAUGACUUCAAACAAUGGCACACUGUGAACCCUAUACAACAAACCUUGGUUCUUACUGGCAGUCCUGGAUCAGGAAAAUCAUCAUUUUGGCACCAGCUGGAAAACGUCUGCAUCGCAUCCUUUUUCUUCGAUCUCUCGGGGCAGGAAGAGCUUAGCGAGUCAUUCGUGCUGUCCAGUAUCGUCCAGAAGAUUCUCUCGGAGCGUCCAUAUCUCAUCGAGCAUCUUACUGCUCUGAGAGUCACCGGUGGACCGCUAUCCGUGGCGAACAGUAUUAAGCUAAUCAGUCUGGCCCGGUGCGACCUCGACCAGCUUUACAUAAUUCUCGAUGAAUUUGAUGCAUAUGCUCGGACCGGCUUACGCGUUUUAAAGACCCUCCUUUCAAUCAAGCCGCCUAUAAAUAUUUUGAUUGCCACGCGAGAAACAAGAUUUCUCUCCGAGGCCCUUCAAGACUAUCUUGUUGUUCGCUGCGAAGACGCUAGACCUUCCCGUGUCUAUCUGGACAGUAUAAAGGCAAUGCUCGAGCAAGAGCCUCGCAUAUUAGCACAUCUUGACCACGACCCUGAGAAAAUUGCGGAGAUUGCGAUACACCUUGUUGAACGAAGCAAGGGACUUUACAUAUGGAUAACGCAGAUGGUGAAGCUUCUUGCCCGUGCCAGGAAUAGGACGCAGUUCCAAAGUGCACUGAAGAAUGACUUCCCGAUCUUGAUUGAGACCUACAAUUUGAUGCUUCGUGAUCUCACGGAACAGCCACCUGAACUCGUCAAACUAGCCACAAAGACCCUGAAGAUAAUACUGGAUGCCGGUGAACCAGUGGAUGCCACUCAGCUAAUGAGUGAUCUGGCCCCGGAAAUAGCAGCAUCUAUGCCGCAACGUGACACGAAUCUUACAACAGGUGGGAUAAUCGAAGCCAUCGAGUCGAGUUGCAAGGGAUUUAUCUCAUCUUCUGGCCAGCUGAGCACAUACGGGAUACAUUUGCGUUUUAUCCAUCAGACCACAAAGGAGUUUCUGGAAGAUAAAUACGCAAAUGAAUCGCUUGCCGCAUGA